AUGGCUUCGUUGUUGAGGCAAUUCAUCGUCGGUCUUUUUGUAUUUUUGUUCAUUCUUACUCAAAUCGAAACUCGUACAGCUCAAAGUGAAGAUGGUGUAGCAAAUAUCAGAGUGAAAAGACAAUAUAAUCAAUAUCCUUACAGUCCGCGUCAACGAUAUCCACAACCUCCACCAUCACAAUCCUCAUCAAAUGAUCCUAGUGACACAUACGUUCAAGGGUCUGAAUGUAAAGGUUGCGGUCCACGACGAGACUGUCAAUGUCCUGGAAAGGGUGCAAUGGGUAUCACUGGCCCACAAGGUUUUCCAGGUAUACCGGGAGAUCGUGGUAUAAAAGGUCCAGUGGGUCGUACAGGUAAUCGAGGUGUUGUUGGUGAAAAAGGUGACCGUGGUCAGUACGGUAACAAAGGCGAACGUGGUGAUGAUGGCUUAUUGCCAAUUGAUGGCCAAAAUGGUUUUCCUGGACAAGCUGGUGCUAUUGGCCCACGUGGUAUUCCUGGCGUGCCAGGUUGUAAUGGAAGCAAGGGUGAACCCGGUGAUGAUGGUCAUAUGGGAUUGGAUGGCCUGCCGGGUGCUCCAGGUUUGCCAGGUCGAAUGGGUGAAAAAGGACAAUCAGGUGAUGCAGGUAGUCUUGGUGGUGUUAUAGCGGGACCACGAGGUGAUCCUGGACCGCCUGGUCGUGCUGGCGUUCCGGGUUGGCCUGGGCCUCCUGGUACGCCAGGCUUGUCAGGCUCACCAGGUGCUCCAGGAGCAAAUGGUUUACAAGGACCAAUCGGAGAUCCUGGUUUUCCCGGACAAGAUGGACCAACAAGUUAUGGAAACAAAGGUCAACGUGGUGAUCCAGGUGAUAAUGCUCCGACACCAGUAGACUCCAUGUCUUUUGGUCGUUUACGAGGUAUCACGAAUGUUCAAGGCCCACCAGGUCUACGUGGUCCAGACGGUGACCGAGGUUACCGGGGAGAUCGUGGUCAAUCUGGUUAUUUGGGCAUCGAUGGUCUGCAAGGACCUAAAGGAGAAAAAGGUGAUAUUGGUGCACCUGGACCACAGGGUAAAUUGGGCAAAGAAGGUCCACAAGGUCCAUUUGGUAUAAAAGGAGCUGCAGGACCGCCUGGUCCACCUGGAAACGACGGUCUACCUGGAGAUGCCGGUCAACCUGGGUAUCCUGGCAUGAAAGGACAACGAGGUGAUCACGGUUUCAAUGGUCCAAAUACUUAUGGUAGUCGACGUGCUCGACCACUUCCAGGACCACCAGGAUAUCCUGGAAUGACAGGUGAUGCUGGACCGAACGGUUAUCCUGGAUCUUCUGGUUUUCCUGGUCGAGAAGGUAUCAAAGGUGAACGUGGUGAUUACGGUCUGCCUGGUCCACCUGGUCCAAUGGGAGAGACAGCGGAUGCUGAAAAGGGUGAUCGAGGUGCUGAUGGUCUUCCGGGUCGACCGGGACCCCCAGGACCUGGCGGCAUUCCUGGAGAAAAAGGUGGUUCCGGAGAAAAAGGAUUUCCUGGCGAAGAAACAUACGGACCUCGUGGAAAUAAUGGCCUUUCUGGUCGUCCUGGAUAUCCCGGUAUUCCAGGACCUCCGGGUGACAUUGGUGAACCUGGUCCACCAGGUCUGCCCGGCGAAGCAAGUUAUCGCGGCUAUCAAGGCUAUGGUCCAACUGGCCCUCAAGGAUAUCCGGGUCGACCAGGACCGCCCGGCGUGCCAGGUUUUCCAGGUAUUCCUGGUACUAAAGGUGAUGUUGGUGAAUCUGGUGGUUGUGGAUUUUGCCCACCAGCUGUCCCUGGUCUUCAAGGAGAUCGCGGUGGCCAAGGUUAUCGUGGACGGCCUGGAUUAAAUGGUGCGCCUGGAUUUCGAGGUGAAAAAGGUGACGUGGGACCAGCUGGACCAUCUGGACCUACUGGUCUCCCAGGGCCAGAUGGCUUACCUGGUCGAGAUGGUUAUCCAGGUUUACCAGGACGCAAAGGUGAACCAGGUGAAAUGAUUGGUGCUGACGGAAUUAAAGGUCGUCGAGGAGCACCGGGUGAAUCGGGUGUCAAAGGUUACCGUGGCGAUGUCGGCGAGCCUGGCAAUAGUGGACGUGACGGUUAUGACGGUAUUCCUGGUUUACCUGGUCAACGGGGUGCUCCAGGUGAUGUAGGACGUCAAGGAACACCAGGUGUUCAAGGAGCGAAAGGCACACAAGGCCCACCUGGUCCACCUGGUCAAGUAUUCUCUCGUGGAGAACGUGGUGAACAAGGUGAACGAGGUCCCGAAGGUAAAACUGGACGACCUGGUCUGCCUGGUCCACCCGGUGACGAUGCUCCAAUACAAUUGGUCACACCUGGUGCACCAGGCCUCAAAGGAUACCCAGGUGACGCAGGUUAUCCUGGACAGUCUGGUGCUCCUGGUUUACCUGGCCGCGAUGGUCUUCCUGGUGCAAAUGGAUACCCUGGUGUAAAGGGUGACAGCGGCCGUCCCGGUUUCCCCGGUUUGCCAGGUGAAAAUGGUGUUAAAGGUUAUCCGGGUAUGGAUGGACGACCUGGUAUUGAUGGACGACCUGGUCUCCCUGGAAUAAACGGACAAGCUGGUCUUCCUGGUUUGCCUGGCGCUAAAGGUCAACGAGGUGAAACAGCUAUUGCAACGACUGCUGGGCCAUCAGGUAGUGCUGGUGCAAAAGGUGUUACUGGUCCACGUGGUGCACCUGGUUUACCGGGACUACCGGGUCCGUUGGGUCCACGUGGUCUUCCUGGCAAUCCUGGUCUCAAUGGUUUACCUGGAGCUUCUGGUCCACAAGGGCAGAAAGGAGAAAGAGGUGGCACUGUACCUAGUUUGUGGGGAGACGCUGGCCUGCCUGGUGCUCGCGGUCGACCAGGAACUCCUGGAAUUGCUGGGCCACCGGGUAAAGCUGGUGCUCCUGGAUUUCGUGGUCUUCCUGGUGAUGCUGGUCGAUCAGGUAUAAAUGGCUUACCUGGUUUUCAAGGCAAGCCAGGAGAACGUGGUGACAACGGCUUAGAUGGCUACCCAGGUUUAAUUGGACCGAAAGGCCGUCCUGGUGUACCUGGUGAACGAGGCAUUUCUGGUGCUCCUGGUACUAAUGGUUUACCAGGUUUCCCUGGUCCAAAAGGUCUCCCAGGUGAUGUUGGAGAGCCAGGUCUUGGCGGUGGUUACAGUCAACCAGGUCAAAAAGGAGAAAUGGGUGAAUCUGGCGAGCCUGGUCUACCUGGUCUUAAAGGUCUUCCUGGCGACUCUGGCGCAUUUGGACCAAAAGGAUUUCCAGGCGAAGUUGGAUUAUCAGGCCUUCCAGGCGCGCCUGGCCUACCUGGUCGUGAUGGACGUCCUGGUUUACCGGGCAUGAAAGGUGAAAUGGGUGAUGCAUUCAAAGGCAUCAACGGUAUACGAGGUGAUCGUGGUUUUCCUGGUCUUCCCGGCCUGCCAGGUGCUCCAGGUUUUCGUGGUAUUCCUGGACUUCCUGGUGGUGUCGGCUCUCGAGGUCAACCUGGUCUUGUCGGACUUCCAGGGCUACCUGGCUUGAGUGGCGCACCUGGAUUACCUGGAAUGAAAGGUUUAGUAGGUCAAAGUGGCCUUCCUGGAGUUAGUGGAAUUCCUGGUGAUCGGGGCUUUCCUGGCCGUCCUGGAUUACCAGGUCUACCCGGUGCUAAAGGAUUGAGUGGCGAACCGGGUCGCGAUGGACGAGCAACAGAACCAGGACUAAAAGGAGAAACAGGUGACAUUGGUGCACCUGGUUUGCCUGGACUCGCCGGAAUGAUUGGUGACGCUGGUGUCCCAGGAUUUCCAGGUCCUAUUGGCCCACCAGGAGUGCCAGGUCGCGAUGGUUAUCCUGGCUUACGUGGUGAAAAAGGUUUGCCAGGCAUUCCAGGAAAAGAUGGACGACGAGGCAGAGAUGGAUUACCCGGACCAAAAGGAAACGCUGGUUUACCUGGACGCCCUGGUACCAAAGGUUUACCAGGUGAUAACGGAGGUCGUUCAAUGCCUGGCAUUCGAGGUGAUCCUGGUCGUAGUGGACUUCCAGGUCAGCCAGGUCCUAAAGGUUUGCCUGGAGACGUGGGUAUAGCUGGUCCUCCUGGCCGUGAUGGUCGUGGAGCAACUGGUUCACGAGGGCCAACUGGUGAUCGUGGUCUAGAUGGUUUACCAGGUCGUCCGGGAACCGCUGGAUUUCCUGGUCGAGAUGGCAAGCCCGGUUUAGCUGGUCCUCCUGGUACACCAGGUCUUGUUGGAAUCAAUGGUCUUCCAGGCAGCCCAGGCUUACCUGGUCCAAAAGGACUCCCGGGUCUACCAGGUCCAGCAGGCAAUUCAGGACUUCCUGGCAGGCGAGGCGAGCCUGGUGCCGGAGGCUUACCAGGGCUUCCAGGUCGUAAAGGUGACCAAGGUGAUGCAGGCUUACCAGGCAAGCCAGGUGUUCCAGGUCUACCUGGUCCAAAGGGAGAAGCAGUCCGUGUAGAAACUAUUGUGCAACCAGGUGCCAAAGGUGAACGUGGUGAUCAAGGAUUCCCAGGUGCUGCUGGCAUACCUGGUCGAGCUGGUUUUCCUGGAGCAAAAGGAUAUCCGGGUCAAGUGGGUCUUACUGGAAGUCCAGGUAACCCAGGCUCAUUAGGUGCUCGUGGUUCAAUUGGUGAUGUUGGAUUUGCUGGAGUACCCGGCUUAAACGGUCCACCAGGUCCACCAGGUAUUGCUGGUUCACAAGGUCCACCAGGGGACACUGGAGAAGGUUCAUUCGUAUUUGCACGACACAGUCAAGAUAAAACAGUGCCACAAUGUCCAUAUUCAACAACAAAAAUGCAAGAUGGCUAUUCAUUCAUGGGUAUGCAAGGUGAUACAUAUGCUGCUCAUCAAGAUCUUGGUGGUUCUGGCAGUUGUUUGCGCCGUUUCAGUGCUAUGCCAUUCUUGUUUUGUGAUAUUGGUAAUUCGUGUCAUUAUGCAUCACGCAACGACUAUUCAUAUUGGUUAUCAACCAAUGAACCGAUGUCAGCCAGUAUGUCACCAUUUGAAUCACGUGAUUUACCCAAUCACUUAAGUCGCUGUGUUGUUUGUGAAUCUCCAACACCUGUAUUUGCAAUUCACAGUCAAUCGCAACGUGUUCCCACAUGUCCAGAAGGCUACGAUCUUCUCUGGACUGGAUAUAGUUUUGUAUUCACAUCAGCCGAUGGUGGUCGAGGUGAUCAACAAAGUUUACAAUCACCUGGUUCAUGUCUGGAAAAAUAUCACGAUCGACCCUAUUUUCAUUGUAAAGAUCAUUCACACUGCAACUACUAUCCGAACAUGAUGACAUUCUAUCUCGCUACAUUGGAUGAAUAUACUGGUUUCGAAAAGCCUAAACUAUUAACAUUAAAAUCAGGCACACAACGGCAACAUGUUAGUCGAUGUGCCGUGUGUCAUGCUAAUCUAUUUAAACAAACUGCGAGUGGUCCAUCUGCAUUUUUUGCACAAGUGAAGAAGAUUUAA